AUGAAACUAAAUGAAACUUACAUCGAGAAAACGUGUCGUCAUUUAAAAACACGUGUUGAUGAACAUUUGAAAGUUCAAGAGAAAAUUAUCUUAUCUCAGACAAAACUCGUGCCAAAAAAUAUUUCGAAACAAGUAACAGUAUCGAAAAGAUCUGAUACGACCAUCUCUAGACAAGCACUCGUAACACGAUCACAAACUAUCAAAAUUCAGAGAACUAUUGUAAAGAUUGAUCAAGAAGAUGUAGAAGAUUCUUUUAGUACGCUGGCAAAUGUCAAUGAAACUAACACCGUUACAGAACCGCAGGAAAAAUCAGCUAUUGCGAAACGUGAAAAUUCGAAAAAAACAAAGGUGGUCGGAUAG